CCGUUUUUGAUAAUGUAGUGCUCCAAAUAAUCGUGCCCAGUGAAUUUUGCGACAGCUAUGAAGAUUUUACGUCAAUUUCAUUGCCUCAAACCAGUCUGGUCCUAUGUGAAGAUUUCGUGGCGAGUGUAGUGACAACCAACUUAGAAAAUGUUUAAAAAGUUUGAGGAGAAGGAGAGUGUGACAGGAGUGACCCAGCUGAAGUCGUCGGCUCAGCGGGGAAUCCGAGCCAAGCUGCUGGACGAGUACAGUCACUGUGAGGACUACCUCAACCAGAUUGUUCCCAAGAAGGAGGCCAUGAAAAUAGUCAAGUGCCAUGACCAUGUAGAGAUCAUUGCCAUAGGAAAUGAGCUGCUGUUCUUCAGACAGAGGGAUGGACCCUUCAUGCCUACACUAAGACUUCUACAUAAAUACCCCAUCCUGUUGUCCCACCAGCAGGUGGAUAAGGGUGCCAUCAGGUUUGUGUUGAGUGGAGCUAACAUCAUGUGUCCUGGUCUCACCUCACCUGGGGGGAAGAUGGCUCCUGCAGACAAGGACACUGUUGUUGCAAUAAUGGCAGAGGGAAAGGAGCAUGCACUGGCAGUAGGAAUUCUGAAGAUGUCAACAGGAGACAUAGCAUCCAUAAACAAAGGAGUUGGAGUUGAGAAUGUCCACUAUCUAAAUGAUGGGCUGUGGCACUUUAGGACUGUUAAAUAGCACUGUUUGACUCAUGCUGUAGAUUUUUCAUUAUGUGUUGGGCUUGGAAUUCAUUUUGGGGGGUAGGUAAACUGAUGCAACUAACAAAAAUAUUUAGGUACACAGGAAACCGUGUAACAAACAUCGCUGCCUCUCUUCAGAAGGUUUUAUUAUUUUUCUGUCACUUGAAUGUGAAUGUCAAGAAGAUACUAUUAUGCAAUAGUACCUUUCUUUACCUACAUUACUGGUGAAUCAAUGUAUAGACAGUAGAAAGCAAUUAGGUGCAAUCUCUGAUUUUGAGUGCAAGAAAGUACAUACACAGAUUGCAUGCACACAGUAUUUCGAGCCCUGAACUGUAAUUUCUUUUUUUUUUUUCAAAUUCUGCUGAACCUACCAUAUCUGUUUGAAUUGAAACACACCAGCAAGUGUGUAUAAGAACUAAGAGCUAUGCUUCUGAAAAUGACAGAAGGAAUAUGAAAUUUAGUUGAACCUGUUCAAGUCUAGUACAGUUUCUUGGGUUGCAUUUUUUUAAUGAUGUAGGCAAACUAAGGCUGCCAAUAAUCAAUGAUGAAAUCAUGUAAGGUCAUUUUCAGUGUACAUGUAUUUGAUGCUGAAUAAGAGUUAUCUACCAUUCAAAACUGCAGCACAACAUAUAAAAAGUAGUUAUGCUGCAGUACCAUACAAAGCGGUUAUGAGGCCUAUUAUAAAGCUGUAUUGAAGUUGACCAGU